AUGCACACGCUCUCCAACAUGAACAUGCUCUCGCCCGACGGCCACUCAUACAGCUUCGACCACCGCGCGAACGGGUACAGCCGGGGCGAAGGCGCAGGGAUCCUGAUCCUCAAGCGGGUCGCCGACGCGAUCCGCGACAACGACACCAUCCGGGGCAUCAUCCGCAGCACGGGAUCCAACCAGGACGGACACACGUCCAGCAUCGCGGUGCCGAGCUCGGAGAUGCAGACGGCGCUGAUCCGCGACACGUACCGCAAAGCUGGCCUCAGCAUGGUGCCGACGCGCUUCUUCGAGGCGCACGGCACCGGCACGCCGGUUGGCGAUCCGCUCGAGUCCAAGGCCAUCGGCCGGGCGUUUCGCGACACGCGCGCCGUGGACGAUCCGCUGUGGGUGGGGGCGCUGAAGACGAAUAUCGGGCAUCUGGAGGGUGCCAGUGGUGUGGCGAGUGUGAUCAAGGCGAUGUUGGUGCUGGAGAAGGCGGUCAUUCCGGCGAAUACGAAUUUCGAGCGGUUGAAUCCCAAGAUCGAUGCCGAGUAUCUCCGGCUGGCGUUUCCACGGGAUAAUCUCGCGUGGCCAGUCCGUGGGCUGCGAAGAGCGUCGGUGAAUUCGUUUGGCAAUGCCGGGACCAAUGCCCACGUCGUCCUCGACGACGUCCACCACUUCCUCGCCGAGCGUGGGCUCUCAGCCCACCACCUCACCGUCCGAGACCCCCCCAGCCAGCUCGUCCUGCAGCCCACCACCGUCCCCCUCCCCAUCGUCUCCUCCCCCGGACCAGACCGUCCCCGCCUGCUGAUCCUCUCCGCACACGACGAGAAGGGCGUCCAGCGCCAGGCCCAGGCCUACGCGGCGCACUUCGCGCAGGCCGCGAAGCAUCUCGACCCCCAAUACCUCGACCACCUAGCCUACACGCUGGCCUUCCGCCGGAGCACCUUCGAAUGGACAUCGUUCGCGGUCGUGCGGUCCGUCGACGAGCUCAGCAAACUCGACCAGCUCGUCUCCGCACCGAUGAAACGCACCGCGAACCCGAGCGCGGGGUUCCUCUUCGCGGGCCAAGGCGCGCAAUGGGCCGGCAUGGGCCGCGAGCUGAUGCUGUACCCUGCCUUUGCGGACAGCCUGCACCGGAGCGAGAAGCUGCUGCACACGCUCGGCUGUCCGUGGGACCUACGCGAGGAGAUCCACCGCGAGAAAGAGUCGCGCAUCGACACCCCCGAGCUGUCGCAGCCGUGCUGCACCGCGCUUCAGAUCGCCCUGGUCGACUUCCUGCGCAGCAUCGACGUCUCCCCGGCCGCGGUGGUGGGACACUCCUCCGGCGAGAUCGCGGCGGCGUACUGCAUCGGGGCCCUAUCGGCAGAGAGCGCGCUGAAGGUGGCCUACCACCGCGGCAUCGUGUGCGGACAACUGGCGAGCGAUCCCUCCGGCCCGCGCGGUGCGAUGAUGGCCGUCGGCCUCUCCUCCUCCGACAUCCAGCCCUACCUCACCUCCACCCCCGGACUGGUCGUCGCCUGCAUCAACAGCCCCAAGAACGUCACGAUCUCGGGCGACGCGCCGCAAAUCGACGCGCUGCAGGCCGUUCUCGACGAGAAACACAUCUUCGCGCGCAAACUCGUCGUCCGCGUCGCCUACCAUUCCCACCACAUGCAGCGGGUCUCCGAGACAUACCGCCAGGCCAUCACAGGCUUGAAACCCGGCCUCAGCCCGGCCCACCCCAUUGCCAUGGUGUCCUCCGUGACCGGCACGCGGAUUGCCCUGCCCACCCUCCUCACCCCAGACUACUGGGUCCAGAACCUGACCUCCCCCGUGGACUUCCUCUCCGCGAUGACAACCCUGCUGCACACGUCCGCGCAGCGCAUCCGCCGGAAACUCGACCUCAGCCACCGGGACCACUUCACCCUGAACGCGCUGGUCGAGCUGAGCCCACACGCCGUUCUCCAACGCCCGGUGCAAGAAACCCUCCGCUCAACCCCACCCCCCCCUCCAGGACCCAUCCCAUACACAUCCCUCCUGCACCGCACCCCCUCCACCACCACCACCACAGCUACCACCACAGCUGCAUCCAGCACCAGCACACUCACCGCACUUGGAACCCUCAAAACCCUCGGCCACCCCUUCCCCCUCUCCCCACUCAACCACCUAACCCCCACUCCCACCCCCCCACCCACCCUGCUCAGCCUGCCCACCCUCCCAUCAUACAAGUUCAACCACAGCCAAACCUACUGGCAGGAGUCCCGACUCAGCAAAUCCUACCGUCUCCAGGGCCGCCCGAAACACGAUCUACUAGGCAAGCCCGCCGCGGACUGGAACCCGCACGAGCCCCGCUGGCGACUGUUCCUGCGGAGUGCGGAGAUGCCCUGGGUGGAGGACCAUGUGGUGAAUGGGGUGGGGAUUUAUCCUGGGGCGGGGAUGGUUGAGAUGGUGGUUGAGGGGGCGAGGGAGGUUAAUGGGGACAGGGAUGGGGUGAAUGUACUCGGCUUCGAAGUGCGCGACGUGGUGUUUUCGCAGCCGAUCAAGAUAUCGCCCGAGGUGGACGGGGUGGAAGUGCAGCUUGUCAUCCACGUCCGACAGCAGGGCCAGAAGGGCCGAAGGGCCCUGGAAGACGGAAGCACGUUCCGGAUCUUUGCGCACGAGGGAGACGCAUGGGUGGAGUGCUGCUUUGGGGUAGUGCGCGCGGUGUACGCGCGGGACACGGCGGCGGAGGGCGUGGAUGGCGGACGGGGCGAGACAGCGCGGAUGGAGACGUAUCGCGCGACAGCAUCGGACAUGGAUCUGUCAUGCACGACGCAGAUGGAUGUGUCGCGGUUCUACACGAACAUCGGCGCGCGCGGCGGGGUGGAGUUUGGGCCGUGCUUCCGACGGAUGCGCUCGGGGGUUCUGGACGCGCAGGGCCGGGUGCGCGCCACGAUCUCGACGUUCCCCUGGCCCGAGGACCAGUUCCCCCAGCCGCAUGUUAUCCAUCCGGUGACACUGGAUGCGGCGUUCCACAGCGCGUAUGCGUGUUUCUCGCGCGGCGGGGAGACGGUCACGCAGACGCGCAUCCCGACGUUCCUGCGCAGAUUGUAUGUGCGGGCGACGGGGAUGGCGUUUCCCCGGACGGAGGUGUUCGAUGCGUAUCUGCAUGCGUUGGCGGAGGAUCGACGACGGUGUGAGGUGAGUGGGUUUGUGAUGGACGAGGGCAGGGCGGAGGUGAUGUUGGAGUAUGAGGAUCUGCGGAUGACGACGGUUGCCGCGGAGGAGGAGGAGGAGGAGGGCGAGGGCGAGGGGCAGGGGACUGUGGGGGAGGGGGAUAAGCAGUUGACGUACCAUGUUGAGUAUCGACCGGAGCCGGAGUUGAUGACUGCGGACGAGAUACGGGGGUAUUGUGAGGGUGCCUUGCAUCGGUAUCUGGAUAUGCUGGCGCAUAAGAACGGGGGGAUGCGGGUGUUGGAGGUGGAUAUGGGGUGUUUGGGGCUGACGAGAGAGGUCUUGAGGACCCUUUCGGUGAGUGAUCAUGCCGGGGCGGUGCUGGCGCCCAGGUAUGCGUCGUUCACGUUUGCGGUCGGUGACGAGGAUGUCGGGGAGUUGGGGUUCCAGGGCUUCCCGGAUGUGGGGACCGUGAGGCUGGGUCUCAUGGAGGAUUGGCAGGCACAGGGAUUGCAGAGCGAGGGGUACGAUCUGGUGUUUGCGCAGGGUGCAGUGAGUGAGGCCGGUUUGAGACGGCUGAGGGCGUUGUUGGCCCCGGGAGGUCGGUUGGUGAUGCCUCUGUCCGGGGGGCUGGUGGAUGAGGCCGCGUUCGCUGCGACGGGGAUGGUGUAUCCGGGUCUGGAGCUGCACGCGGAGGAGAUGGCGGUGAGUGUUCAUGGGCUGGUGGAGACGGUGACUGCGCCGGAGACGGACCGAGAGGUGUUCUUCGUCCUUGAUCCGCAAUCCGCAGUGCAGACGCAGGUGUUCGAGGCGUUGAGGGCGCACUGGAGGGCGCGUGGCAUCCCGAACAUCCGCUGCGGGACGCUGGAGGAGGCGGCGGACAUCGCAGACAAGGACGGAGUCGUGUUCGUCCCGUUGCUGGAGAUCGACCAGCCGUUCACGUACAACCUCAACGCGGGCAAGUUCGAGUCGCUGCGCACCUUCUUCGACACAGCCAGCGAUGUCCUCUGGCCCACAUUCGCCGGGGGCAGCGAGGCCGGCCCCCCCGAGUACCAGCUCAUCCACGGGCUGACGCGGGCCCUGCGCAGUGAAUAUCCCCAGAUGAGCGUGACGGUGGUCAGUCUGGACGCCACGGAGACGCUGAGCGAGCGGCAGAUGAACAGGCUCGCGCGUCUGUUGCUCGACCGCCACGUUGACCCGAAGCCAUGGCUGAUCGACGUCGAGUUCCUGGAGCAGGACGACAUGCUGCACAUCCCGCGGGUCGUCCCCGCCGGCCAUGUCACCCACGAACUGGCCAUCCGGUCGACCGACAAGCACACCAGCGUCAAGCCCAUGGCGGACUGUCCGCCGCUGGAACUGACUGGCAAGUCGCUCGGGAUGCUCGACUCGUUCGGCUUCGUGGAAGACGCGGUGGCCCUGACCGACCUGGCCGCCGACGAGGUCGAGAUCCAAACCCACGCCAUCGGCGUCACCUUCCGGGACUACCAGGUGGCCAUGGGCCAGAUCGCAGACGCCGCGUUGGGCCAGGAAUGCGCCGGCAUCGUCACUCGCGCCGGUCCCCAGACCUCCUUCUCCCCCGGAGACCGCGUGAUGCUCGCCGCCCCGAACGGCUUCAAAACUCUCGCGCGCGGCAAGCUGGCGGUGCAGAUCCCCGACAGCAUGCCCUUCACCACGGCGGCGUCCAUCCCCAUCGACUUCGGCACCGCAUGGACGGCCCUCCAUCGACUGGCGCAGCUGCAGGUCGGCGAGACGAUCCUCAUCCACGCCGCCGCCAGCAGCCCCGGCCAGGCCGCCAUCCAGCUCGCCCAACGCCUCGGGGCCACCAUCUUCGCGACGGUCAGCACGGCGCCCAAGAAGCAGCUGCUCAUGGACGAAUACCACAUCCCCGAGUCCCACAUCUUCUACAGCCGGGACGCCUCCUUCGUGCACGGCAUCCAGCGGGCGACUCACUCCCGAGGCGUCGACGUGAUCCUGAACACCCUCCGCGGUCCCGCCCUGCAGUCCUCGUGGUCCUGCAUCGCCCCGUACGGCCGCCUCAUCGACCUCAGCCAGGGCCCUGCAAACCUAACCCUCCCCGCCAACUCCCACUCCCUCAAACACGCCACCAUCACCACCCUCGACAUCACCCACUGGCUCCAGCACCGGCCCACCCUCGCCCAGCAAGACCUCCAGACGCUCCUCACCCUCUUCACCACACACAACCUGCGGCCCACCGUCCCCCAAACCACCCACCCGAUGACCCCCACCGCCACCGAAGCCCUCUUCCGCGCCAUCCACACCCGCGCCCACAUCGGCAAAUCCAUCCUCACUCUCCCCCGCACCCUCACUAUCCCCGUCACCCUCACCACCCGACCGACCUACACCUUCCCCAGCAACGCGACGUACCUCAUCGCAGGCGGGCUCGGCGGCCUGGGCCGCGUAGCCGCCCGCUGGCUCGUCUCACGAGGCGCACGACACCUCAUCCUCCUCUCGCGCUUCGGCCCACGCACCCCCGCCGCACACGCCCUGAUCUCCGAACUGACCGGGCAAGGAAUCCACCUCGCAACGCCCCCCUGCGACAUCACCUCGCUCCCCACCCUCCGGGGCACACUCGCCACCCUCUCGGAAACCUUCCCCCCGAUCGCGGGCGCCUUCCAGAUGUCCAUCAUCGCCCGAGACACCCUCUGGCCACAGCUCACGCACGAGAGCUGGACCGCCGCCGUCGCAGUCCGCACCACAGGCUCGUAUAACCUGCACCUGACCCUGCCCGACAACCUGACCUUCUUCAUCCUCCUCUCCUCCGCCUCCGGCCUCGCCGGGUUCAAAGGCCAGACGAACUACGACGCGGGGAACACGUACGAAGACGCGUUGGCGCGGUAUCGCGUCAGUCAGGGACAAGCGGCCGUGGCCGUGGAUCUGGGGGCGUUGGUGGACGAUGGGAUUCUGACGGAGGAUCCGAGGCUGUUGAGGAGGGUGUUGGCGUAUGGUGCGCUCGAGCCGAUUACGAGAAGGCGGUUUUUGGCCGUGUUGGAUUGGUUUUGUGACCCUGAGAGGAUGGAGGCGCAAUUGGCGGUAGGGUUGGGCACGGGGGAGAACCGAGAUGCGAAUAGGGGGUUGGAGAGGGUGACGUACUCGUCGCUGUUGCAGCAGGUGGUUCUUGCUGGGGAGCGGAAAGAGCGGGAGCGGGUGAGGAAGAUGGGAGGGGCUGGUGGUGGUGCUGGUGGUGCGACAGGACCGAUCGACACCCGUGCGCGCAACCGGGGGGGGAUCGCAUCGGCAGAGUCUCUCGACGAGGCGGCAGGGGUGGUCGGGAACGCAGUCAUCGCCAUGCUGGCCCGCUCGCUGGUCGCGAUGCAGGACGCACACAGCGUGGACUGGGACCGUCAGCUGCAGAUGUACGGGGUGGAUUCGCUGCUGGCGACGGAGCUGCGCAACUGGAUCGUCAAGGAGUUUCUGGCGGAGGUGGCCGUGUUCGAGACGCAGGGGGCAUCGACGUUGCGCAGUCUGAGCUUGUUGGUUGCGGGGAGGACGGCGAUUGAGCAUCGGUAUUGAUCUGAUUAUUACUGUGCUGUGGUGGGGG